UAUUAAUUUUUAGUGAUAAUUCACUCACUGGCUUCUCUAUUUUCCUGACAGCUGCAAUUUUCAGCCACAACUUAACUCAGACAGCAAUGUGAAUGUUUCACAAUAUUGGCAAUAUUCUCAUCAACAUUAAUCUUCUUCCAGCAAAAGCAAACACACCUCACUGCAGAAAAGUGGUCCCAUGGCUCUCAGGCAUUUGCUAACCUCAUUUGUUCUGGCAUGUUUGCUUGCAUUCACUCUUCAAAUCUACUUCUCCUCCCCAAUAUCCCCAGUCUCACUUCACCUGCCUCCACCAUCUUCUUCUUCCCAUCUUCCUAAAAACAACAUAUUGCAGAAAGUGAUCAAACUUGGGGAUGGGGUACUUCUGAAACCAGAAGAUGUUGAUGUGGACAAAGAAGGGACAAUAUAUACAGCUACAAGAGAUGGUUGGAUCAAAAGGCUUCACAAAAAUGGUAACUGGGAGAAUUGGAAAAGGGUGAACAGUGAUACAGUACUUGGGAUCACAAUCACCAAGGAAGGUGAUGUUGUUGCAUGUGAUACUGAAGAGGGUUUGCUUAAAAUUACUGAAAAUGGUGUCAAGCUUCUCACUUCACAUGUUAAUGGGUCCAAAAUAAGAUUUGCAGAUGAUGUGAUUGAGGCAUCAGAUGGCAGUCUAUAUUUUAGUGUUGCAAGCACCAAAUUUGGACUCCAUGAUUGGUAUCUAGAUGUGCUAGAGGCAAAACCACAUGGGCAGCUGCUCAAGUACGAUCCAUCAUCAGGGGAGACUUCAAUCCUACUUGAUAACUUGGGUUUUGCUAAUGGAGUUGCAGUGUCCAAACACCAAGAUUAUCUGGUGGUCUGUGAAACAUGGAAAUUUAGGUGCCAAAGGCAUUGGCUGAAGGGAGAGAACAAAGGGAAGACAGAGAUCUUCAUUGAGAACCUUCCUGGUGGACCUGACAACAUCAAUCUUGCCCCAGAUGGAUCUUUCUGGAUCGCUCUACUUCAGUUGACUACAGAGGGGCUGGAGUUUGUCCACGCCUCCAAAGCAGCCAAACACUUGAUAGCAUCAUCUCGGAAAUUGACUGAACUAGUCAGUGGCUUGCGCACAAAAGCCAUGGUGGUGAAUGUGGCAGCUAAUGGUAAGAUUGUGAAGAAGCUUGAGGAUCCAGAUGGAAGCGUGAUGUCGUUUGUGACAAAUGCUUUGGAAUUUGAGGAUCAUCUUUACUUGGGAAGCCUGCACACCAAUUUCAUUGGCAAGUUGCCACUUAAAGAUGCAUAAAUUACCUAAUUGCUAGCAUCACUAGCGUGAACCAAAAUGAAUAAGAGGCAAUAGGACGAAUGGAUUGUUUCACAAACCAAGCUUAUUUUUGAAUGCUCUUUCUGUAAUAAGCUUAAGUUAUAUCUCAGCCAACCUUUCGUAUCA